GAACUGUUACCACCAAGAGAUGAGUGCUAGUGGUACAGAAAAUGACGUUGAAACAAUAAAUUCUAAUAAUUUUAAUGAUUUACAAUUGAAUGGUCCUAGACAUGGUUUCGCUGAUCCGUUUACGCAACAGGAUAUUUCUGAUCCAUACCCGCUAUUACCUUAUUUCGUAUCUAACAGGCAUUUCACAGGUGGUAAUCCGUCCCCUGACGAACCACCUGAACCUGAUUGGAGAUUGCGGGAGAGACUAAAGACUAUCACAUGCGCAAUCGUACUCUGUUUAAACCUCGGUGUAGACCCACCAGAUGUCGUCAAGACCGAACCAUGUGCUGUUCUCGAAACUUGGGUUGAUCCAACGAAUAUGCCUCCGCCUAAAGCCUUGGAGACUAUUGGUCGGAAUUUGCAACAACGUUUUGAGAGUUUAUCACAGCGCACGCGAGUUAAGCAAUAUUUAGAUCCUUCUGUAGAGGAAAUGAGAAAGCUAUGCGCUAGUCUACGACGUAAUGCCAAAGAGGAACGUGUUGCUUUCUACUAUAACGGACAUGGUGUACCAAAACCAACGGCGAGUGGUGAAAUAUGGGUAUUUAACAGAAACUACACCCAAUACAUACCACUAUCAAUCUUUGAUCUUCAAUCAUUCAUUGGUAGCCCUGGUAUCUACAUCUGGGAUUGCUCAUCAGCUGGCAACAUCCUCAAUUCAUUCGUAAAAUUCGGUGAAAGGAGGGAUCACGAUAUAAAAACUGCGUACGAAUCAACCAAGCAGAUGGCAAAUGCUAAUAAUAUGGCACACGCAAUGCCUACUUCUCCUUAUCCAGCAUCAAUAGAUGGUAGACCAGACACACCUCCCGUCUUCUUUGCCCCUCUAGGUGAUUCAAUACAUAUGGCAGCUUGUUCUCCAGAUGAAAGUCUACCAAUGACGCCCGAGUUACCUGCCGACUUAUUCACUUCCUGUCUUUCCUCACCAAUUGAAAUGGCUGUCAGGUUCUUCCUCCUUCAAGAUCCACUCUCAAAGAAGCCAGAUCUCGAUCUCUGCUUGAAGAUACCUGGUGAAUUGAAGUUGCGGAAGUCCCCACUUGGAGAACUUAACUGGAUUUUCACAGCCGUCACUGAUACGAUAGCAUGGACUACAUUCCCUAGAGAGACAUUCAAAAGACUAUUCAGGCAGGAUUUGAUGGUAGCUGCAUUGUUUAGAAACUACCUCCUCGCUGAGCGCAUAAUGAAAACUUACCGCUGUACACCUAUGUCUCAUCCGGUUUUACCACCAACAUAUAACCAUCCACUCUGGCAUAGUUGGGAUCUCGCUGUCGAUGGCUGCUUAUCUCAACUGCCCGCAUUAUUAGGUCAGGAGAAACUAACAAAAGAAGCUCAAUAUAAUACACAAGCGGCAAAUGAACUAAAAAACACAACUUUAUUGCAUUAUCAACAAUCAUCAUUUUUCCAAGAUCAAUUAACAGCAUUUGAAGUAUGGCUAAGCAGAGGUCUUUCGAGUAGCUCAAGUGCUUCCACUGCACCUGGGUCAAUGCCUGCUACAUGGGAUCCUGUCAAGCGCAGAGACUACAACCCACCACGUAAACCUCCAGACCAAUUACCUAUUGUUUUGCAAGUCCUGCUUUCACAAGCUCAUAGACUACGAGCGCUUGUUUUAUUAUCGCAUUUCUUAGAUUUGGGACCUUGGGCAGUCAACCUCACAUUAUCAAUUGGUAUAUUCCCUUACGUGCAAAAGUUGCUACUAUCGCCAGUUCCUGAACUCAAACCAUUAUUGAUUUAUAUUUGGACUCGCAUAUGUGCAGUCGAUAGAAGCUGUCAGAAUGACUUACUUAAAGAUAAUGGUUUUGCAUAUUUCGCUAGAGUUUUAUCACCAUUCCAGGAAGAUGGUGGUUUGCAAAUAUCCAACGUCUCAGAGCACAGGGCAAUGUGUGCAUUCAUAUUGUCACUAUUCUGUCGUGAUUUCAAGCCAGGUCAAAUGGCUUGCUUCAAUUCAGGUGUAUUUGAGAUGGUUCUCGUCCACCUAAACGAUGAAGAUUACUUGUUGAGACAAUGGUGCGCUCUCAUGCUUGGUCAACUCUGGGAUGGAAAUGACGAAGGCAGAGCCUUAGCUUUGAGGGAAGGUGCCACUGACAGAUUAUGCUCAAUGUUGAAUGAUAUUUCACCAGAAGUUAGAUCAGCCGUCAUGUUUGCCUUGGGUACCUUCAUGGGUGCGUCAGGCAGUGUCUGGAAGGACGUCAACAAACAACAGCCGGGCGAAGUUCCAAGGCUUGGCGGUGGUGGUACGGGCUCAUUACCUGGAAUAUCUAGUAUGGAACACUUUAUGUUCGAAGUACAGCUCGCUACAGCUGGUUUGGCUGCCAAAGAAGAUGCUUCGCCAAUGGUGAGGAAAGAACUCGUGAUAUUCUGGUCAGCUUUCGUACGUGAAUGGCAAGGAUGGUUCUGCGUUGCUGCGUACGCAUAUUAUGUUUCAGAGAAACGUGACGAGUCUCGCGUUACUGGCAAUCCAUACAAACCAUCUUUGACGGUAGUCAAGGAGGCCAUUUAUGAACAUCAAGGCGAAAAGGCAGGUGAUAAGCUCCUCGACGACUUCGCUGCUCUCUAUAUGGCGCUUUUGGACAUGACCUUGGAUCCUUACCCAGAAGUUGGUUCAUUAGCUUGCACGGUAGUCGACUUUAUUCAUGCUCUACUUAUCGAAUCACCAUUAAGUGACUCUGAAGACUCGGCGUUACCUCAUAUACCACCAGUCAGACCAGACCUUGGCUCUGACUCCGAAGACAAACCGAUAGGUGGUACCAAGAAGAGCAAGAAGGGACCGCCACUACCACGCACCUUCACAGAGCCGAACUUUGCCAAAGGUAAGAAUCUCAAGAAUCUCAAGGGUAGCUCUCCAUUGAAGUCAAGUGGUUCUUUCGCUGCUGCUCUCAACAAAUUGACUUCUCUGCCUUCAUUCACAACCCUUACAAGUAUGAACAAAGGGCAGGAAGAACCUGAAGAAGACCACCCGUCUCCUCACUUUAACCACGCGCUCUAUCAUUCACCUUACGUUCCCCAACAAAUAACGAAGAUCACUCCGGAGAUAGCACCAAACUCGCCUUCUGUGGAUAUGAGUCAAAGUGGUCAAAAUGCUGAUACGCCUCCGAGAACGCCAUCACCUGAGUUUAUUGACCAUGGCAAUAACGGAAACAAUGUUCAAGAACAGAACGGCGACCAUGGUGUGUAUGACGAUGCGACUAUGAAUGUAUUCGAUGCAGUCACGACAUUACUCGAUGAAGAUGAUUAUAGGUUGAGAAGACGCAAAGAGAGGACGAUGAACAGUGGUCAAUUCCAUUCGACUACGCUCGCGCCAAACAAUGCUGAUGUGCCUAUUAUGCCAUUUAGAAAGGAAUUACAAGCCCAGAUGGGUAUCGUCUUACCACUCAAGAGUAGACUUUUCGAUUGGUGUUGUGAAUAUUUCACAGAGCCACAGAUGCGCAACCCAGAAGCUGAAGAACCUGGUAGCGAGAAGUACAAUGAGCAGAUGUGGCGCCGCCAACGUAAUGAGAAGGUAGUUAUCGAUACCCAAGCUCAAGCUGAAGUGGCCAGUCGGAGUGAAUGGCGGGAGAAUAUAAUCAACAUUCAAGAGCAUUAUUUCCCAGUAAAACUAAACUUCCACCAAUUUGAACCACAGUUGAUAACGGCUGACCCACACGACGCUAUAUCAAUCUGGGAUUGGAAAGAAGGUGUAAGACUAAACAGAUUUGGCAAUGGUAAUCCGUGGGGUAGCAACAUAACGACUGUCAAGCUCAUCAACGAGGAUGACCAAGCCUUGCUGCUCACUGCUAGUGCUGAGGGCAUGGUACGAGUUUUUAGAAAUUAUAGCACACCAGGAGGAGCUGAAUUGGCUACCUCAUUCAGAGCUAAUAGCGAAAUGGUGCCUUCAAGAUAUCCGUCUGGUCUUGUUGCCGAUUGGCAACAAGCUACUGGACAUCUCCUCGUCGGCGGUGAUUCUCGCGUUGUAAGAUGCUGGGAUUCCCAAAGAGAGCUUUUCCAUUCCGAUAUACAAACGACCGCACAGAGCUGUCUCACUGCAAUCACCUCCGAUCAGGAUAUGGGUAAUAUCGUCAUCGCAGGAUUUGGUGAUGGUACUGUCAGAGUGUAUGAUCGUCGUGAAGACUCCCGCAACUCCUGUGUCGCUCAUUAUAGAGAACACUUGAGCUGGGUGCAGAACAUUCAUCUCCAGAGAGGUGGAAAUAGAGAGCUUGUUAGUGGAAGUAUCGAUGGUGACAUACGCCUGUGGGAUAUUCGAGCACAAGGAUCAAUUUCGCAAGUAGAUGCUCACAGAGAAGGAAUGUCCUGCAUAGAUAUGCACGAACAUGCGAGUGUGCUAGCUACCUCAUCUAUGCCUGAAUUCAACAGCAGCGGCAUACGAACCCAGACUGUAAAACUCUGGAAGGUAGAUUCUGAGGGUAUACUUCCAAGGGGUAGAACAAUUUCGUCGCGACCACUGGCCCCUCCAGCCAAGGCUUUGCCUUUCAACCCAUCGGUUUCCAGUUUGGCUUUCCACCCUAAUGAAAUGCUAGUCGGUAUGGGUAGUGCAGAUGGUCAAAUAAGUAUAGUCGCUUGUAACGAAGCGAUGAGUACGCAUGAGGAUAAUUUCAUCUAGACUUCAUUAAUUAGUACAAUUUUUCGUUUUCUCUUUGUCCUUCAUCUGUAAUUAUACUUUUAUAUGUUUUAGUAAUACAUUAAUACAUUAAUAUCUCC